AUGCCGGUGAAAUUAAAGGAUAUUUACCAGAAAAGCGCCGAUUUAACUUGUUUAAUUCAGUGGUUAAUUGGAUUGAAUGUUCUGAUUGAUUUAAAUGGGGAAACAUGUAAAAGUUGUGAGACGGGAAAAUUUGGAUUAAGGAAGGAUUCUAGUUAUUCCAGAGACGAACAUGUUUGGAGAUGCUCCAACAAAAAAUGUCACAAGAAAGUGUCCGUGAGAGUUGGGAGCUGGUUCGAGAAUCAUAAAUUAACUCUGGAAAAAAUUCUUUUAAUUACUUAUUUUUGGGUGUACCAAGUAAGUGAAUUAUUUGUCAGACACGAACUUGAAAUUGCAUGUCAAACCAUCGUAGACUGGUACAAUUUCGCACGGGAGGUUUGCACCUGCGUAUUAGAAAAGGAAUCUGAGAAAAUAGGAGGAGAGGGGAAAGUUGUCGAGAUAGACGAGAGCAAAUUUGGAAAGAGAAAAUUUCAUAAAGGACGAAAAGUUGAAGGUGUGUGGGUGUUUGGAGGGAUAGAGAGAGGAUCAAAGAAGUGUUUUUUCACGACAAUGACAGAUCGCUCGAGAGAAACAUUACUCGGCAUCAUAAAACAAAAUAUUUUACCGGGAACUACUAUUAUAUCUGACUGCUGGAAAGCAUAUGACAUUCUCGACCAGGAGGGAUUCGAUCACUUAAAGGUUAACCAUUCUCUGCAUUUUGUUGACCCUACCACUGGUGCACACACAAACACGAUCGAGUCAACUUGGAGAGCAUUGAAAAAAUCACUGCCAGUGAGCGGGACUGUUAAAUCUCUCUAUGACACUUAUUUUAGCCAGUACUGUAUACGUAAAAAAUACUUAAAAGAUUCCUCAGAUCCUUUCCUAAAAUUUCUAGAACUUAUAAAGUCCGUGUACAACCCCCAAAUUCUCAUCCCUCAACUUACUUCCGACAAACCUACAUCGCCUAAGAAACAACGACAUGUGCUGCUGCCUAUUUUGUCUCCAAAUAUUAAUGACAGCAUGGAUGAUUUUGAUAUUUAA